GAAAUUUGAAUCCUUCUCUCUCCUUUUGCCCUCGCCGUAUCUAUUCAUUUUUAAUACACUCGGUAUCGCAUCCAUCAUUAAAAUGGCUCCUCAGAAGUCCUCGAAGAAGAAGGUCGCUGCCCUUCCCUACAACGUCCGCUCCACCAAGGAGUCCUCGAAGAAGGAGGUCGACCCCCUGUUUGAGCGCCGUCCCCGCAAGUUCGGUAUCGGCCAGGACAUCCAGCCCCAGAAGGACCUGUCCCGCUACGUCAAGUGGCCCAAGUAUGUGCGUCUCCAGCGCCAGCGCAAGAUCCUGCGCAUGCGCCUGAAGGUCCCCCCUGCCAUCAACCAGUUCUCGCAGACUCUUGACCGCAACACCGCCGUCCAGCUCUUCAAGCUCCUGGCCAAGUACCGCCCUGAGACCAAGCAGGAGAAGAAGACCCGUCUGACUGCCCAGGCUGACAAGAUCGUUGCCGGCCAGAAGGCUGAGGACUCGGAGAAGCCCACUAUCGUCAAGUACGGUAUCAACCACAUCACCUCCCUGGUCGAGUCCAAGAAGGCCAAGCUUGUCAUCAUCGCCAACGACGUUGACCCCAUUGAGCUUGUUGUCUGGCUCCCCGCCCUCUGCCGCAAGAUGGGUGUCCCUUACUGCAUUGUCAAGGGCAAGGCCCGCCUCGGCACUGUUGUCCACCAGAAGACCGCCACCGCCCUCGCCAUUGUCGAUGUCAAGGAGGAGGACAAGCAGUCCCUCAACGUCCUCGUCUCGGCCGUCAACGCCAACUUCACUGAGAAGUCCGACGAGAUCCGUCGUACCUGGGGUGGAGGUGUUCUGGGUGUCAAGUCCCAGGCCAAGGUUGCCAAGCGCCAGGCUGCUGCCGCCCGCGAGGCCGCCAUUGCCAAGACCGCCUAAGUGGAGCAUGCUCUCGACGGUGUCUCUGGGAUUGGACAUUGCCAAUAAUUUUCUUUUUCUUGCGCUCAGUUUUAAAAAUAAAUUUGUUUGGCUUUAACG